CCGGACUUUACCAGAUGCGACCCGAAGAGGCGCUACUUUUGGCGUAGCGAGAUCGACGCAGUUGAAUCGCAAGCAUAUCAAGAAUUCCAACCUCCAAACUCUUCACGACCAUCCAUCAUUCGUUGGGUUGUACUUCUCAACAGUACCUCAAUGCGUCGCUCCCUACUCACCCCUCACUACCGACACUAGCAACGAAAGACCUGCGAACGGAGGCGGUGCUAGAAGCAAUCAAUUCCGUACAACAUCCUCAACCUCAUAUCGGCUUUAGCGGCCACAGCAGUAGUUUGGUCGACAUACGACGGGCACCCGUCGGCGUCGACAGGAGAGAUAUUGAGUUGAUCUGACUUCAAGUCUGAGGCCAGGGUGGUUGCCCUCGGUGUCGUUGUGUGGGUGUCUUAUCUUUCUACAGCGACUGCGAUCACGCAGUCAGGAGGGACUGACUCCAACACGGUUGGUGGACAGCAUGGCAGAAUAUCCACAAGGUCGAGGCGGUGCCCCGCGUCCAAAUCAAUAUGGACAUGCUUCAAAUUUCGAACGGGAGGCAGCUUUCUCGAAUAUCUUCGGUGCUGCCCCUCCGCCAGGUCGUUCGCAGACCAUGAAUUCAUCGGUAGCCCCGCCGACUAUGAACCAGCCUCGUACGCAGACGAUGACUUCGCAGACUUCAAGCAUACAGGGUGGAAUGCAACGAUCUCCUCCCCCGCGGCCGCAAGAUGGCGGAUAUCCUUCACCUCCACCUGGUAGCAUGACGAACGGAGGGGGCAUGCCAAAUGGGUAUCAUCAAGGACCAAGACAGCCAGGUCCAGGCCAAGUGCAGUCGCAACCGCAGCCUCAAAAUCUGCCACAGCAAGUUCGCCCAGAUAGACGGCCAUACCCUGGCCCAAAUCGUCUCGACCCUCGAGCACCUCCUCAACCGGGUCAAUAUGCACAAAGGCCCCCUGCACCAAGAUAUUAUGGAGCGAAUGGUCCCGCGUUAAAUUCAGAUCCCUAUCGCUCUCAGUCUCUUGCAAGUGUACCUCGCCCACAGAUGUACUCGCCUCCACCAAAUACCUACCAGCAAGCACCAGCGCAAGCGUUUAGACAACAACAAUAUCAAAGCCAUGCUUCGAGGACAACUGCUCAAGGACGCACAAUCCCAGAGAGACAUGAUGAACGGGCCAUGUCUAUGACAAGUUACUCGCAUCAAGAUCGGGAUCAACAUCAGACGAUGAGUGGGAGAAUUAUUCCAAACAGAAGAAUCUCUGCAUCUGGUCCACAGGAGCUCCAGGCCAAUGGCUUUGCAAUUCCUGGACCACGAAGUCCUGCUACACAGACUCGGACUACCAGCAUAACUUCGUCUACGACUGCGGGAGAUAUGAGCCGCUCUAUGUCCAUGGCCUCUACAAUAGUACCAUCAGAAAGAACAGAAAGUCUGGUGCAUAGACCUUCUGUCGCCAAAUCUGUGAGCAGUGCCAAUGGUGGGGAGAGGAGGCAGAAAUCACCCUUGGUAUAUCCUGCAUUGCUCUCACGAGUGGGCGAAUGCUUCAGAGAAAAGAUUGCCGUGGGAGACAGAGAAAAGAACGAGUUGACGUACAAAAAUGCCUUCAGUGGUGCGGAAGCCGUCGAUGUCAUAUCGUACAUCAUCAAAACCACGGAUAGAAAUUUGGCGUUACUUCUGGGGAGAGCUUUGGAUGCUCAGAAGUUCUUCCACGAUGUUACUUAUGAUCAUCGACUUCGUGACUCGCCAAUCGAGAUGUACCAAUUUCAGGAGACUAUGAUAGACGACCCCCAUGAGUCGUCGGAGGUUAACGGUGUCUUUGUGCUGUUGACAGAAUGCUACUCGCCUACUUGUACAAGGGACCAGCUAUGCUACUCGAUUGCUUGCCCUCGAAGACUAGAACAACAAUCUAGACUAAACCUUAAGCCGCAGCCUGGACUUAGACGUGAGAAAUCAGACGCAAGCUUGCACGACGAUAACGACGAUAAUGAACAGAAACUUUGGAUCAAUACAGUUUCGAAGGAGGUGGCUGAUAGCGUUACUGAGCGAGAAAAGAAGCGACAAGAGGUCAUUUCGGAGAUCAUGUACACCGAAAGAGAUUUUGUCAAGGAUCUCGAGUAUUUGCGAGAUUUCUGGAUCAUACCUCUGCGUUCAAGCAAUCCUGCAAUGCCAUCGCCCAUACCAGAGUCACGGAAGGAUCGAAUCGUGCGAACGAUAUUCACGAAUAUCAUCGAUACUCCCAGCAUCCAUGGAAUCAGCUCCAAAUUCGCUGAAGCUUUAACCGAGCGCCAGAAGAAGCAAGACGUUGUGCAAUGUGUAGGAGACAUCUUCCUUCAAUAUGUACCUGCGUUCGAGCCCUUCAUCAUUUAUGGUUCCAACCAGUUGGCUGCGAAAUACGAGUUUGAGAACGAGCGGUCGCUGAACCCCUAUUUCUCAAAAUUCGUCGAUGAGACAGAGCGAAGGAAAGAGUCUAGAAAGCUUGAGUUGAAUGGUUAUUUGACAAAGCCGACUACUCGACUUGCUCGAUAUCCACUUCUGCUGGAGAAUGUUCUUAAGUACACCGAGGAUGGAAAUCAAGACAAAGUCGAUAUUCCCAAAGCCAUGAAGAUGAUUCGAGAUCUCUUAAGCAGAGUGAAUGCAGAGUCUGGAAAAGCAGAGAACAGGUUCAAUUUGAAGCGCCUUCAUGAGCAACUGCGAUUUCGUCCAUCCGAGCGAGUUGAUCUCAAACUUACCGACCCUGGUCGAGAGUUGAUCUACAAGGGCACCCUAAAAAAGAGUCCUACCGAUCCAACUGACAUUCAUGCCUAUCUUUUCGACCAUGCUGUGCUAUUGGUACGCAUCAAGAUGGUUGGCAAGAAGGAAGAAGUCAAGGUUUAUCGAAGACCUAUUCCUCUCGAGCUGCUAUCAAUUCGUGAGAUGGAAGAAGUCAUGCCCAAGCUUGGUGUUGUGAAAAGGCCUUCGUCGAGUUUGAUCCCUGGUGCCAAGACAGCGACACCCGACCCAAAGAAAGAUGGCUAUCCUAUUACCUUCCGACAUCUUGGCAAGGGAGGUUACGAAUUGACCCUUUACUCGGUGACUGCAGCCGGCAGAAACAAGUGGAUGGAACACAUUGGGGAACAACAGGCAAUUCUCAGAAAGCGUGGCGACUUUUACAACAGGACCAUUUUGUCAAAUGAUUUCUUCUCGAGCAUGAACAGAGUCAACUGCGUGGCACCAUUCGAUGGAGGACGCAAGUUGAUCUACGGCACCGAUUCGGGUAUCUAUGUUUCGACAAAGAAAGAUGCUGGAGCCAAGCCUAUUCGUGUACUAGAUGCGACUAACGUCACCCAGAUCGAUGUUCUGGAAGAGUAUCAAUUACUUCUGGUCCUUUCAGCCAAGUCACUCUUGUCGUAUCCCUUGUCCGCGCUCAAUCCAGCCGAGCCUGCAUUGGCCAAACGCCCAAAGAAGAUCCAGAGUCAUUGCAAUUUCUUCCGGACUGGUAUAUGCUUGGGUCGACAUUUGGUGUGCUGUGUCAAGUCUUCAGCCUUGUCUACUACCAUCAAGGUGUUCGAGCCCAACGAUGCAAUGUCGAAAGGCAAGAAACAGAAAGGCUUCAAGAUGUUCAACAGCGGUCAAGACGAACUCAAAGCCUUCAAGGAAUUCUACAUUCCAACAGAAUCUUCGUCUAUCCAUUUCCUCAAGUCGAAACUUUGUGUUGCCUGCGCCAGAGGAUUCGAAGUUGUAUCGCUUGAGACGUUGGAAACACAGUCUCUACUUGAUCAAGCAGAUACCUCGUUGGACUUCGUGGCUCGGAAGGAGAAUGUUCGACCCAUUCACAUCGAACGUCUCAAUGGCGAAUUUAUGCUCAAUUAUUCCGAAUUCUCUUUCUUUGUCAACCGCAAUGGUUGGCGAGCAAGACCUGAUUGGAGAAUUGAUUGGGAAGGCAUGCCGCAGAGCUUUGCUCUAUCUUAUCCUUGGAUUCUGGCUUUUGAGCCGAAUUUCAUCGAGAUCAGGAACAUUGACACAAACGCCGUUCACAUCGUGCCGCAUCGGAAUAUCCGUAUGCUACAUACAAGCACGCGGGAGAUCAUAUAUGCAUAUGAGGAUGAAAAGGGUGACGAUGUUGUGGCUGCCAUCGACUUCUGGCCUGCUGGGCGCAAACCUGAAAUAGCUCCACCUCCAACAGGACCUGAUCCGCAUCGGGAUCACCCCCAGACCUCAUCACGGCACUAACCGACACCACCCUCUCAUCACAUCUCAUGAUGAGGAAAACGAUCUCAGGAUGGCAUCUCUCAUAUGACAACUUUUCGUGUAGAAUUGCAUAGCAUGUAACCCUUUUCUCGAAAUUUUAGCAGCAGCAGCAAUGCUUUACUUGGUCUCCGUGUUGUGUCGUGUGCUGGCCACGGUCUCUCUUCUUGUUGGGACUUCGUGCCUGACUUUUUGAUCGUUUGAUGGUGGAAGCUCGUCCGUCUGUCUCGUUUCUCUUUGCUCCUAAGCGACCGGCGUACGUAUCAUUGAAGGGAAUUCAACCAAUGCAAUGCUUUUAUUUUCUGGUUGAGAGGAAGAUGAAGUAGUGAAGGAAGGAGGGAGAGGGAGGGCAUAAUAUUACGCUUUCUGUGUACAGUGCCAGUGUAGUCUUAUGAAUAGAUCGUGUAUUGUCUUGUUGAUGAUUGUGUUUUGGUGUUGUGUGG